AUGAGUGAUAGUGAGGACCAACACUUGGGAGAGCAUGAAGAGCAUGAAAUUGAAUUGGCUGAUAUUGACAGAGAGCAGCUAACUGGAGGACAAGAAAACAGUGUACAAAGAGACCCGGUGCUUAUCGGCAAUAGUAAUAGUUACAAUAAUUGUGAAGGAUCUAGUUCAGAUGCGUCCUCACCACGGCAGUACAGCGUUAUGGAACGAUUGAAAAGCACAGCAAAACACACGAUGAAAUUUACAUUUAACAAUGCUCCUUUACUCAGGUUCUUCAACAGGUCAAACAGAUACAACAGAUUAGCUCAAGAUGGACGAGUAAUAGGCGAGUCGAACGAUGGAGUGUUUAGUAAUCUGGCAGCGAAGCCGACUGUUCAAGAAGUUACAGAUAAUGUUGAGGAACUUCCAAGCUAUGACGAGGCAGUUGAAGAUCCUGCACCUCCAUAUUGGGAGUCUAGUAUAAUGGCAGGUUACGAGGAUGAGAUUUUUGUGGAUGGAUUACCUGUUGGCAACCUAGUGAGUUUCUUCUGGAAUAUGAUGGUGUCUGUGUGUUUCCAAUUUGUUGGUUUUGUGAUCACAUAUCUUUUACAUACAUCUCAUUCGGCCAAGAAUGGAUCUCAAGCUGGUUUGGGUGUCACGUUGAUAACAUUUGGAUGGACUAUGCUUCCUUAUAAUGAAGGUGAUGCUUUUUCAAAAGGUGGUAAAGGACAAAGAUUUGAGCCUGCAGAUCCUAGCUCUGUAGAUAUUGACGAUUCAAUGACUUUGAAGGGUUCAUUGGACAAUUUCGAGUCUAAUCUACCUUCCACAACUGAGGCGGCAGCGGCGGCUUCUCAGGUGUCUAGCCGUUCAAUGCUUUCUCAAGAUUCUUUAUUCUCUUACAGCUUGAUUGUCAUGGGUACUGUGAUAAUCAUUAAAGCUGUGUAUGACUACUACAAAGUUAGAAGAAAGGAAGGAAGAUUACUAAGAGAACUGCCUGUAUAA